AGGAUAUGACAAAAAAGUAAAUGGCUUUGGAAAAAAUCAGUCUUCAGAAAUGUCUACUAUAUUUUGAGUGUAUUCAUGGAUGACCUGUAACUAAGCAAGAGAAGAGUCUCAUGAAACCUCUUUACGACAGAUACAGAAUUCUCAAGAAACUUCUUGCAACCCCAUCUUUGAUCACAACAAUUCAGGAGGAGGAAGACUCAGAUGAAGACCGUUCUCAAAGCAGCCAUGAGUUAUCAUCUGGUCCAAUAUCUUGCCUCCCUGUUGAUGAGCACCUCUGUUACUCUCAGGAGGAGAGUGAGCCUGCCUAUGUUUCACCUCUGGAUGAAAAGAAAGCUUUCAGGCAAACAGCCUUGUCUAUGUCCAAUUUACAUGAGGCAACAAUGCCCGUUCUGCUCGAACAUCUGAGAGAAACAAGAGCAGAUAAGAAAAGGCUUCGCAAAGCUCUGAGAGAGUUUGAGGAACACUUCUAUAAACAGACAGGAAGGAGUCCUCAGAAGGAAGAUCGGGUGCCAAUGGCGGAGGAAUACUCCGAAUACAAGCACGCAAAAGCCAAAAUCAGGCUUUUGGAGGUUCUCAUCAGUAAGCAUGAUAUUUCCAAAACGAUUUGAAGCAAAUGCAAUGCUGUGCUAUUGUUAUCUAG